AUGGAAAAUUGGUGCUAUCAUAGGGAAACCUUAAUUAGUAUCACCAAACAUUAUGAAUCAGGAGAAACUCUCCCAGAAAUCAUGUAUGAGAAGCUCGUUGAAGCUAGAACAUUUGGAGCUGGCACUCAAUUUCUCAUGAAGCUAGGAGUUUCAAGUCUUGAUCUUGAGUUGCAUACAAAUUAUGUACCUGGUGGUUCAGAAACAGUCAUUGAUUUAGAGCACACGGGAUUUGAUAAUGAAAAGGCUAUUGAAGAAACUGAGCAACGAUUUCGAGAAACCAUUCUUGGAUUUGGAGGAGGGAAGACUGCUUCACAGGUUUAUCUAGAAUUCCGAGGACGUGAGCCGUCUCUCGAGGCUCUGAUCAGACAUAAUGGUUAA